UUUCUCUUCCUUCGUCACACGUCGGCUAUUACUCUUAAAGCUCUCUUCAGCCUACGGAACAACCACAAACACCGAGUUCAAUCAUGGGCAGUAAAGCCCAGACCGAACCCAGUUCCGUCCAUGCAGAGAACAUCGCCGAUCUACCUUCAGAUACACAUGAUGAGAAUCAUUUCCAGCCGGGGUGGAAGCCGGGGACGCGGCCGGAUGGGGACACUGCCAUGGCUCUCUUCAACGACCCGGAUGCCCUUCAUGAAGAGAUUGACCCCCUGGAGGCCAGGAAAUUGCUUUGGAAGAUCGACUUAAUGAUUCUUCCUUACCUGGCCGUUUGCUAUGCAUUCUUCUAUAUUGAUAAGACCACACUCAGUUAUGCGGCGAUCUUUGGUAUUCAGGAGGACCUGAAUCUCCAUGGCACCCAGUACAGCUGGCUGUCGAGUGUAUUCUACUUCGGAUUUCUUGCAUGGGCCGUUCCGACCAAUUUUCUUAUGCAACGAUUACCUAUAGGAAAAUAUCUUGGUGCAAACAUUUUCAUGUGGGGAGUCUUUCUCAUCGUCCAAGCCGCUUGUCAUAAUUUCGCCACUCUUGCUGUUUUGCGAGCCUUGGGAGGCGCAGCUGAAGCUUGUGCCGACCCAGCUUUUAUGCUUAUAACGAGCAUGUGGUACACGAGACGCGAGCAGCCGGUACGAAUCGGACUUUGGUAUACGGCCAACGGUCUUGGAAUCGCACUAGGUGGCCUACUAGGCUAUGGAAUCGGGCAUAUCAGAGGAGCGCUUCCUUCGUGGAAGUACGAGUUCAUUGUCAUUGGCUGUCUCUGCUCAACGUGGGGCUUGGUGAUGUUCUUCCUUCUCCCUGACUCGCCAGUGACGGCGCCUCUGCUUAGCGAACGAGAGCGUCGUAUGGCAGUCGAGCGACUUCGAGAAAACCAGACUGGUGUUGAGAACAAGCACAUCAAACUGCACCAAAUCCGAGAAGCCUUCCUAGACUACAAAUUAUACUUCUUCUUCGCCUUGGGCUUAGUCUGCAAUAUACCAAAUGGUGGAAUCUCUAAUUUUGGAACCCUCAUCAUCAAAGGCUUUGGAUUCUCUACUCUCGUUACGACCCUCAUGCAGAUCCCCUACGGAGUCUUGAUUGCCCUAUCGAUCUUGACAUGUGUCUAUCUCAAUGACCGGUUCGAGAACAGACGCUGUCUCUUCAUUGUUAUCUUCCUGUUACCAAACAUAGCCGGAGCAUUUGGUCUUCGUUUCGUGCCCCAAGAUCAGAAAGUCGGUCGCUUGAUCUGUUACUAUUUGACGGGACCAUACAAUGCAGCAUUCGUCUUGGUCCUCAGCAUGCAAAUCGCGAACACAGCGGGCCACACAAAGAAAGUCGUCACCAACGCCGUGCUGUUCCUGGGCUACUGCACCGGCAACAUCGCAGGUCCGUUCUUCUACAAGACAAACCAAGCCCCAACCUACGAGCUCGGAAUCUGGUCCAUGAUCGUCUGCCAUCUGCUCGAGGUUGUCCUCAUCACCACCCUGGGUUUCCUGCUUCGCUGGGAGAACCAGCGCCGCGAUCGGAUCCAGUCUCAGACCGAGGGAGGCUUAGAGGGUAGAGAUCUCAACUCGACGGCUUUCUUGGACUUGACGGAUCGGGAGAAUUUGAACUUUCGGUACAUAUACUAGAUGACGGGGCGACGGUGCUUGGGUUUCAGGGUGGUGUAGUGUGCUUCGCAAGCCCUGCGUUGUGCCUUAGAUAUGCUCACUGAUAUAUGCUCAAUGCAGACAACCGUAUCCGAAACGUAUGGCAGUACGCAGGUGCAUUGUGAAAACAGCAUCCGCAAAGUCU